AUGGUUGCAUACAUCUGCAAGAAUGGUCAUAAUAAAGGCAGGAUUUUCUGGAGAUGUCCAUUUUGGAAGAGUGAAGAAACUUGUGAUUUAUUCAUAUGGGAUGAAGAUUUGGUUGGAGAAGAUGUUAAUGGUGUUGAACAUGUAGAAAACUAUAAGCAGAAGGAAUUAGAGACAAUUGAAUUGCUGAGGGAGUUGUACGAAGGUUCCAAGAAGAAGAACAUGAAGCUACAAGAGAAAUCAAGAUCAGAGGCAUGGGCUGGAAAAAUCAAGCUUUUCUGUUUUGUAGUUUCUUUUAUAAAGUAA